AUGAAUGAUGUGACGCCGCCAUCGACGGUCGAACCUAGCCCACGGCAACGGGCGCAGUGGGAUGCUGGGGGUUGCGGCCAUGGCGCAUGCGGGACGCCUUUCUCCCUUUCGCCUCACUCGUGGUAUGACAAUGGUGGAAAUGAAGACACAUUCUCCAAAAUCAACCCUUUCAGUCAUCAGACUCAGGAUGAUGAUUAUCUAGCCGACGAUCGUCAGUGGGAGUCGUCUUUUCGCGUCAACAUUUUGGAGUUCACUGGUGACUUGGACGAGUCAAAGUUCUUAGAUUGGAUGGCUACGGUCGAGACCGUCCUCUACUACAAAGACGUGUCGGGCAACCGAUGCGUUGCCUUAGUGACAACGCAGUUAUGUGGACGGGCCACCUCGUGGUGGCAGCAGCAUCAGGCCGCGCGGCGUCAACAAAGAAAGCCGAAGAAAUUGCAAAAUCUUCGGCAAUGCACUUGGUCGGUCAACGACUAUACCGAAGAGUUUUAUCAGAUACUCGAAUGUGUCGACAUGCCCGCACCAGUGGCCCCAGCACCUGGUCGUCCAACAGCGUCCUGUUCUAGCACACCACCAGUAACUGCAGGCCCGUCCGCAGGCAACAGAUCAGGCGGCGGGCUGCGAUGCUUUUUGUGCGGGGAGUUGGGCCAUCGGCAGGCCUUGUGCCCUCGGUCGGGCGGCUCCCACGCGCUGUUCAUUAGCGACGGCGAAGAGCAUGGUGACAAUCUUGAUUACGUGCAGAAAGUUGAGCAUUCAACAUUUCAUUCGUCCGCCUUGGAGCUGGGGAUUCUGUGCUACUUCUUAUUCCUUAUAAUCGCAUGA